ACAACGAGCUCAACUGCCGGGUGAGUCCGUAGCAUAGUUUGUCUCCUCCUUGAGAGAGUAAGUGGGACCAUGCCGAUUCGGACCACUCGAAAACAAAUUUGUACGUGAUCAGUUAAUUGAAAAAACAUAAUGUGCUCCACUGAGGUUGAAAUUGUUGUUAGAGUCUGAUGAUCUGACACUGGAGAAAUCACUUAAUAUUGGAAAACAAAUGGAAGUUGCUCUCGCUGACCUACAUAAACUACACAGCCCAUCUCAAGGGGCGGGGCUUCACAAACUGGCUGAGGCACCAAUGCAAAAUGUGCAGGAAACCACUGGGGGGCGACGUCGUUCAAAUUGUGGCUCCAGUGGGCAUGCUACAAGAGCGUCUACAUGUCCAGCAAAGGGGCAACGCUGCAAGAACUGCAACAAAUACAAUCAUUUUGCCCGUUGUUGUCGUUCAGCAGCAGCAGGACAGCAUCAAGCAGAUGUAGGUCGAAGUUCACCAGUCUCCAUUAACUCUGUACAUGAUGACUCAGUUGUGUUCAAGCAAUGUGACUGCUACAUUGAGGGUGUUAAAACCUCACUGGUGAUUGACACUGGAGCAAAAGUGUCACUUUUGAACAAAGCCACUUAUGACUCAUUCUUCUCACAUGUACCACUGCAGAGACCAGCAGUAUCCCUCUACAGCUACAACCACACACUGAUCUCUAUCAUUGGGAUUGUCUCACUGCCAGUCUGUCACAACAACAAAACCACACCGGCCACCCAGUUCUACUUGCAACAGAUGGCGCUAACAUCCUCGGACUGGACUUAUUUCAUGCCCUAGGGUUCAAGCUGUCAGAUUCAACUGGUGCACAUGUGCAGCACUUGCCUACACCAGUGCCUGCGGAGUACUCACAACUGUUUGAGGGGCUAGGUCACCUCAGAGGUUUCGUCCAUCGGCCUACAGUCAACAAAGAGGUCAAGCCAGUAAUCCAGUCAUUGCGGAGGGUUCCGCUGAACCUUCGGGAGCCCAUUGACAAGGGACUUGACAACCUCCUGGAAGAUGACAUCAUCGAGUCCAUUGACGCUUAGCCAUGGGUCUCAAACCUGGUUCGUUGCGCCCAAGAAAAAUGGCGAUCUUCAGAUCUGCAUGGACCUCAGGGCCGUGAACAAAGCAAUUAUUCCCGACAAGUACCCGCUACCGACCGCUGAGGAGCUCACAACCCAUUUUUAUGGGUCCAUGGUAUUCAGCAAACUAGACCUGAGGCAGGGAUACCUCCAGGUUCCCCUGGCACAUGAGAGUCGAGAUCUCACUGCGUUCAUAACACACAGGGGGUUGUUCAGGUACAAACACAUGCCAUUCGGCCUCAGCUCCGCGCCCAGCUGUUUCCAGAAGAUUAUGACUCUUCUUCUGUUAGGCAUCCCUGGAGUGUCAAUCUAUCUGGAUGACAUUGUGGUGUAUGGUGCAUCACAGAUAGAGUACGAUUCUCGCUUGCAGCAGGUGUUUCGUCAGCUUUUCGAGAACAGGGCCAGACUCAACACUGAAAAGUGUGUGUUCGGGGUGUCAGACGUUGAGUUCCUUGGAAACAGGCUCUCCAGCCAGGGCAUCAACCCCCGAUGGACCGCUCCAGACCAAUCCACACUCCCCCCCAUGGCAGCUCCACGUUGGCCAGGAGCUGGGUCACGUCAGCCUGCACGGUCUGGUUGGUGAUGUGCACCAGGUUGGACGUUGAGCCACGACUUUUACAGAACUCCAGGGCAUUGAUCCAGCUCUUGGACUCGUUGAAGUAGUGCAGGUAAUCUGCAUGGACAAAACACAAACAUGAAAUUGCACACAUGUAAAUGCAAGUUCAUAAACACAAAACCAAAAAUACACAUACACUGACGGUCUUAUCUGCCAUUAAAAGCCCAACAAUUGCCACUUGUACACCUUUGUGCAGAUUGGUACAGAAUGUAGCUCCAUGUCUGUAGUCCCCUGUAGCUCAGUUGGUAGAGCAUGGCGCUUGCAACGCCAGGGUUGUGGGUUUGUUUCGCACGGGGGGCCAGUAUGAAAAUGUAUGCACUCACUAACUGUAAGUCGCUCUGGAUAAGAGCUUCUGCUAAAUGACACAAAAUGUAAAUGUAAUGUAACACAGCUGGCAUCAUUCCUUGGCAUGGCAACAUACUACUUACGGUUUCUUCCAAACUACGCUGAGACGACGGCUUCUGAAAAAAGACACACCAUGGACAUGGACUCAGGACUGUCGGGAUGUUGUGCAGGAGCUCAAGGUGCAGCUCACAUCGACCCCAACACUGGCUCACUUUGACACAUCAGCACAAACGAUUGUCACCUGUGAUGCCUCGGCACUCGCCCUUGGAGAUGUUUUGUCUCAACUGCAUGGAGGUGUGGUACAGCCAGUGGCUUUUGCCUCACGGGCCUUGUCUCCGACUGAACAAAAGUACUCUGUGGGAGAGCAGGAGGCCCUGGCUUGCAUGUGGGCGUGCAAGUGCUGGCACUUGUACUUGUAUGGCAGAUCAUUCAAACUCAGCACAGACCAUC